AUGGGAGGAAUCAUAUCCACUGAAGAAGAAGAAGGAAGAAAGAAGGGAGAAAGCGAGCCAUCAGCUGAAACUGCAAAGACCAGCACAUCAUCAGCUGAAACUGUAAAAUCUGGCGCAUCAUCAGCUGAAACAGUAAAGACUGGCCCUUCCUCUGCUGAAACUGCAAAGACUAAGGCAUCUACCGAGAAUGGCGGAUCCAGUGAGCCAAUGGUAGUAACUUCUCUUGGGUCAAGCGAACCGACACCCAAGGAGCAGACAGAAGCUGCUCUGACAACCGCUACUGAUUCUGAGCAUGGCGCCCAAGAAAUAUAUUCAGUGAAAGUGAUAGCAGACAUUCCACAGGCAAAAGUCCAGACAUCGUCGCCCAUUACCAAAAGAAUCUUGAAGUCAUCGCCUAUUGCUAUUACACCACCAAGAAGAGUUGAUACAGAUUUCACUGCAAAAGAACAAUCGAUGGAUAACAAGCAAGAACCAGCCGGCUUGGCUGCUCGGGAUAAAGAGUAUGUAUUUGACGAAAAGAAGGAAAAAGGAUUAGCAAAAGAAGAUCAAAGACCACUUGAAAAGGUGACGACAACAGCAUUGAUUUCUAAGAAACCUACGGCAGAGAAGAAGCAGAGCGACGAUAAAGUGUCUGAACCUCCAAGAUCGGCAGAGGAGGUCGUACCUCCAGAGAGAAGAUCGCCGAAAAUAGGCAAAAAAUCACUAGGAAAAAUCAAAACUAGAAAUAGGUUGUUGAUGGCGAAGAGGAAGAAGGAUGCAUCCCUAAUAAAAGAUGCUGUUGGACAAAAGAAGGAAGCGUCUGAAACGAAAACUGCAAUAUCGGCCGAAAGCAAAGAUGGGGCCAACAAAAUUGAGAAGAAGUCGGCUGAAAAUAUCAAGUCAACAGGCUCGAAAGAAAUGCUUGGGAGUAAUGAGGAGAUAAAAAUGACUUCAUCAGCGGAAUCAACGGGGACGGUCCAGGGAGGUUCGACGGAAAAAACUGGAAGCAAGAACUCAGCCGAAAAGACCAAGUUGACAAGCUCUCAGGGAGCAAUUAGAGUGCAAAGCGGUAAGUCGGCUGAGAUGCAUCGAUCCUUUGGUUCGGCAGGCAACCAAGGAAAGAAAUCAUCAGAGAGUACUGGAUCAAAGUCAGCAGAGAAAACUGGGAAGAAAAGUGGUGGUUCGGCAGAAAAGGCCAGUGCAAAAGGGUCAGCAGAGAAGAUUCGAAAGCGAGGAAGGAAGUCGACGAAAAAGAGUAGCUCGAAAGGGCCAGCACAGAAAAUUGGAAAGAAGAUCAAAAAUAAAGCAAGAAAGUUUAGAUCGAAGGGAUCAAAGGAGAAGAUUAAAAAGCGACGCAAGAAGAAAACAAGAAAGUCUGGUUCAAAAGAGUCAGCGGAGAAAACUGGGAAAGGCAGCAAAUCGGCAGAGAAAACCGACUCGAAAGGAUCGGCAGAAAAGGUUGGAAGGCGAAAAAGAAAAUCAGCAGGAAAAAGCCAUUCGCAGGGAACAGCAGGAAAAGUUGGAAGAAAAGAAGCAAUAACUUUCGACAAGUAUCCGCCAAAAGAGUUCCAGCAAACGAUGGACGAGUUCAUGAAGCAAAAUGCUCAACCUAGACUCGCGAAUGUUCGGCAAGAUACAUCAUUGACAAAGACUGCACUUGAAACUUCAUCAGCAAAUGCAAGCAUAGAGUACGAUAGCAGCAGAGUGAUCAUGACGGGUUAUGUUCCAGUUGACGAUAAAAAUGCUACAAAGAAUUUGAAAUGAAAUGUACAGAUUUGAGCUUUAAUAUAAUGGAUGAUUUAUUAUGAUGUAUAUUUAAUGAUGGCAACAUUUCACAAAAUCGGCAAAACUUACGAUUACCCACCUAAUUCAUGGC